CCUCUUCUGACAGCCAAGCCACUUUGAAAAGGCCGAUUCAGAUGCUCCCUUAUUUAACCAGCCUUGGCUGGCCCUUGCCUCUGGAAAGGGAGCAGCUGUUUGUCUCUGCCAGGCGUCCCAUUGGCCAGGGAGUGAGGGUGGAGGGCCGAGAGGCUGGAGGGCCCGGCAGCAGGCAUUUGCGAGUACUGGCCAGCCGGCACCCCGCCCCGCUUCUCCUCCCCACCUCCCCGUCGCCCACAUCAUGCUGGGAGACCACUGCAGUCUCCCUGAAGACCAAGCCCUGCCCGGCCAGUCCCCGCAAAGUGGACUCUGCUGCAAAAUGGUGCUUCAGGCUGUCAGCAAAGUGCUCAGGAAGUCCAAAGCCAAGCCCAAUGGCAAGAAGCCCGCUGCGGAGGAGAGGAAAGCCUACCUGGAGCCCGAGCACACCAAGGCCAGGAUCACCGACUUCCAGUUCAAGGAGCUGGUGGUGCUGCCCCGCGAGAUUGACCUUAACGAGUGGCUGGCCAGCAACACCACGACGUUUUUCCACCACAUCAACCUGCAGUAUAGCACCAUCUCGGAGUUCUGCACAGGAGAGACGUGUCAGACAAUGGCCGUGUGCAACACACAGUACUACUGGUAUGACGAGCGGGGGAAGAAGGUCAAGUGCACGGCCCCGCAGUACGUUGACUUCGUCAUGAGCUCUGUACAGAAGCUGGUGACGGAUGAGGACGUGUUCCCCACAAAAUAUGGCAGAGAAUUCCCCAGCUCCUUUGAGUCCCUGGUGAGGAAGAUCUGCAGACACCUGUUCCACGUGCUGGCACACAUCUACUGGGCCCACUUCAAGGAGACGCUGGCCCUGGAGCUGCACGGACACUUGAACACGCUCUACGUCCACUUCAUCCUCUUUGCUCGGGAGUUCAACCUGCUGGACCCCAAAGAGACCGCCAUCAUGGACGACCUCACCGAGGUGCUAUGCAGCGGGGCCGGCGGGGUCCACAGUGGGGGCAGCGGGGAUGGGGCCGGCAGCGGGGGCCCGGGAGCACAGAACCACGUGAAGGAGAGAUGAGCCUCCCAGGCCGGACAGGGGCGCACGUGUGCAAAGAGACGGUGGUGUGUGUUCUCUCCUGCAUCUGCGUGUGCACACGUGCUGGGCACGCGUGUGGUGAGGUCUGAGAGGGCCCCGGGCUGCACUGGUGUGGGCUGCACAGGCACAGACGCAGACGGCCUUGGCCGUCUCCUGUGGCCCCCUGUCGGAUGGAUGCGUGCCGUUUGUAGAGAAGAGCCUUUGGGCCCAUUCACUCGUUCAGCAGACACGCAUGGGACUGAUGCUUUGAGUUUUCUUCUGUGGGGUUUUCCUUUCUCUGGUCUCCGUGCAGCCCCUGCCCUCCCUCCGGUGCUGCUGGCCUCAAAGGAGGAACUCUUGGGGGGAGGGUGUGAUUUGCAGACCUGGGUCUCUGCUCUGCUCUGCUCUGGGGGUGGGGCUUGCUUUCACAGAGACCCUCCUUCCCUCUCACCUCUCCUCUCCCGGCCUCGCCAGGAGUCUUGGCUGUUGGCAGCUCAGAGGUGGGGGAGGCCUGUGGUGUGGGGUGCCCUGCACCUGCUCCUGUCACCCCUUCCUGCUGCCUCCUCCAUGCCCAAGGAACACCCAUGGUGCAGUCCUCAGGCAAGGCCAGGACGGGGCUGAGGCCCUGUGUGGAGAUGCUGUACCAGCAGAAGGCUGAGACCCGCUUACCUUAGUUCAUCUGUUCACUCGUAAUAAAAAGAAUUCUCUCAGGUCA